UACUGAAAAAAAAGAAUCGACAGUUUCGAUUAAUCGAUAGACGUCGCCCAUCCCUACAGUUGACAAAUGACAAUUCGUAACCCGUAAAUACGACCGUGAACUGCUGAAAACGUUAAAGUAAAAAACGCUGUAAACGUUAUGGACGUGGAUACUGCCAGCGAUAAUACUUCAAUAGAUGACAAAACGGAAGAUUUUUGCGAAAAUCCAACUCGAGAUGCAUUGACGGAGGGACUGAUGGGUCUUUUGAAGCCUACAGUAGAUCAACUUGAUGAAAGAAUACGCGCUACAAGAAUAAGUCAAAUUGAGCUAAAGCAGCAGAUCGAAUCAUUGACAGAGGAAUUAUUAAAGAUAUCGGAAACUCUUCAGUGCCCUCAUGAACUGGAUGUUUACGUUAAGAAGCUCAUCAAUACCAAACAUAAGAUUACUGUUGUAAACAACAUUUUACAAACAACUCAAGAUCGACUUGGCAAGCUUCAUCUAACUGUAGAUAGGAGUUUAAUUCGACAAAGGGCUUUUUUGGAAAGCACUACAUUUUACGAUCCGGCGCCAACCAUAACCGCCGAACAAUUAGCCAGAUUUGGGGGUCCUGAUAAGUACUUGAAAGAGUGA